CUGCCUUCUUCUUCCUCCUCUUCCACUCAAAUCUCCCGCCCAUCCCUUCCCUUCCAAAUCUCCUUAUUCCAAUCUCCCAGAUCCCCCAUUUUCGUACUCUGCCCCCACUUUAUUGUUUCUGUCGGUCAAAGUUUUGAUUUUGAUCAGCAGUUUUCGAUAAAGCGGAGAACUUUUGAAUUCAGCGAGGAAGAAGAAGAAGAGGAGUAGAUUGGUUGUACAGGUCGAAAUCCUUCAUCCAGAACUCCCUCCCUCAUGCCAAAGAAGAGAAAGGCUGCCAAGCGUAAGAAGACGGCCGUCGCCAUCGCCGAUCUUCCUGCUAAAGAUAAUGGUAAUCACGACGGCAGGGUGGCGCCUCUACCUGAGGAGAUCAAGGAGCAUGACGGUGCAUCUACCGCAUCUUCUUCCUCCGUGUCUUCUUCGUCCCCUCGAGAGCAUCAUUGUUCUCGACCUGCUGAAGAGUUCUCGCAAUCUGAACCCGUUGCCUGUGAUGGCUCAACGGAAGGAGCGGUCUUGGUCCAGAACAAUAUAGAAGAGGAGUCUUCUAUCGUUGUGAAGAAAGCAACAUUUAGUUCUACCACAGAGUCAUUUCCUAAAUCGAAGGAUUCCAUUGUCGAAGCUACUAAAUAUCAGAAGGAACAUGAGGAAUUUGUUGACGAAUCUGCUGUUCCGGUUGAAAAGAUUAUUGUUUUGGCUGAAGAGAAGAGGCAAGUUGAUGAGAUUGCUUUGGCUGAAGGCCAAGUGAAAGUAGUGCUGCUUCCUGAUGCAGAUGAGACUGCCAAACAACUCAAUGAGCAUCAUGGAGACCACUGUUGUGGUGGCAGAGAUGAGACUCUGCCAACACCAGCGGUAGUUGCUCUGCCUCCUCCGGUCAUCGUCGUUAGUCGUACAUCAUGGUGGAGUUGCUGUGGCUUGCUCGAUGUCUUUGCAGGUUCUGGGGGAUCAAACGAGUUAAGUGCUUAGUUGGAAGAUAUUCUACCUUCUCAGUAGAAUGUCAACUUUUGAAGAAUUAGUCUUGUGUCAGGUAGAUCUUAUCUCUGUUUGGUUAUUCAGCUACGGCCAUUUGUUCUUGUCUAGGAUGAACUGAAUAUUGACAAGUGCCCAAAAUUAUCAGCUUCUGGUCUGAUUCAAGCCAUUCUCCAUCACUAUUCACUAGUCUAUGCAUUACAUUUUUGUAGCAAAUACAUUAGCUGAUAAAUGAGGGGCAAUGAUGAAAGAUUAGGAUGUCUGGAUACUAUAAUCUAUGACUAAUUUUUAGCACAUUUGUUUGACUUGAGAGCAAAUAGAUAUGAUAGUUAUGAUAUGGCUUAAGGU